AUGCUGCUCGUGUUCGUGGUGGACACGAGUCCGUCCAUGGGCCAGCGGAUCGCCAACGGUCUCACGCUACUUGACUGUGCUAAGAGCGGCGUUGAACACUUUCACAAGGUGGUCGACCGCUUCCCCUUCACCAAUUUCCUGCGGGUUCUCAAGGCUGUCAAGGUGGGGGGUCUCUCCUCCAUCGGCCAAUCGCUGCGCGCCACGUUUGACCUGCUGCACACUCAACGCCUCGCGGCAGACGUUGACCGUUGGGCGGUUAACAAGUCAACAAGCCUGGCUCUGCUACCAGCAACCAACUCCACCCCACUAGGCGGCGAGCUGGCGUCACAGCCGUUCCGGUGGGACCAGCAUGUGCUCGCCACCAUCCUGCGCAUCCCCAGCGCCAAGCCUGAGCACCUCUUGAGGACUGGCUCUCUGCCCGCCCCUCUUCACAAACCUUCUUCCCCGUUUCCCCACUCCCCCCCCUGGUUCCUGCCCCCCCCUGCCCCCACCCGCCCCCCCCCACACCCCCCACGAACCCUCCCCCAUCUCCAGCGGUUUGGGGCGUCAACGAAUUUGGCUCUGCUACCAAACGCCACGCCCGCCCCACUAGGCGGCGAGCUGGCGUCACAGCCGUUCCGGUGGCGAUUCGGAGUGUCCACGAGCCUGGGCCUUCUACCAGCGACCAACUCCCCCCCACCAGGCGGCGAGCUGGCGUCACAGCCGUUCCGGUGGGAGCAGCGUGUGCUCGCCACCAUCCUGCGCAUCCCCAGCGCCAAGCCAGAGCACCUGGACAGGAUCGGCCCUCUGCCUGCUGCCGGCCCCAUCUCAGAGUCGCCAGCUGCUGUGGCUGUGGACACGAGUGUGUCGGCGCUGUGUGAAGCCACUGGUGUGUGUGCUGGUGAGUUGGCCAUCCUGCGCAUCCCCGGGGCCAAGCCAGAGCACCUGGAGAGGAUUGGCCCUCUGCCUGCUGCCGGCCCCAUCUCAGAGUCGCCAGCUGCUGUGGCUGUGGACACGAGUGUGUCGGCGCUGUGUGAAGCCACUGGUGGCAAGUGCAGUGUGGUAACCAGCUGGAAGAUGCUCUUUCAGCACCUAGAUAUUGUCGCCUCGCGCCUCUCGCCAGCUGUCGUCGUCUCAUUCGACCAUGUGCCACUACCGGGCGGCGCACCCAUGCCGCCCCAAGUCCACGCUGCAUGCCAACGAAAGCUAUUAUUCGUUCGCAACCUGCCCACCACCGGACCAGCAGGCUCGGCAGCUGGGUUGGCCGCUCCAGGCGCAGCAGGCUUGGCAGGACAGCUAGGCUUGGCACCGCCGCAGCCGGCCGCCGGGCCUCCUCCAGUGGUUUGGCCUAUACCUGAAGCAUUCUGGCCGGAUUUCACCACUCCUAGUGCUGCCACUGCUGCUGCUGCUGGGGCAUCAGGAACCCCGGGUGCUCCAAAUAUCUCCUCCAGCCCUCCUACCGAUCCUCCCAUCUUUCCUCCUCGCGACCCCCACCCCGUGAUAACCUAUCGGGCGGUGGAUACAGAUGCACGCGUGCCGCCCGGGAUACCAGUGGACAAGUACGAGAUCGAAGGGUGUCCCAUCCUGGGCUUCCUCAGCAAGGCCGGGCCCAACGUGUGCUGGCAGGUGAGACUAGGGCAGGUGGGAUGCUGGUCAGCGCAAGCGGGUGCUGCCCGGGAUACCGGUAGACAAGUACGAGAUCGAAGGGUGUCCCAUCCUGGGCUUCCUCAGCAAGGCCGGGCUCAACGUGUGCUGGCAGUCGGCGUGUGUCGGCAGGUGUUCAUGCGAGGGAGCAAGGGUCCGCGGAACGGCCUGGGUGAUCCGUUCGGGUACCUCAGAGUGAACCGGCCAGGCAGCUCACUCACUCUCCACGUGCUGCCCUACAACUACCCUGUGUUGUUCCCACUCGUAGAGCAGCUCCAACGAAUGCCGCCCCAUACAAGGGCUUCCCCGCCGGCCGGCUGGCGGCACGACUUUGAGCGUUACUGCACCGGCGUCCCUCCGUACUACGCCGCCCCGCUCCGAGCCGCCAUGCGCAGGCUCGGCGUGUCAGCCGCAGGUGCGGCGGUGCCGGACCUGAUGGACGCCAGCCUGGCAGCAGGUCCGGUGGCGUCGCAGCUGCGGCGAUGGCGGGUGAAGGCGAAAGGGGAGAUUGAAGAGCGAUUGCAAGAGAUUGCAAAGACGGCCAAUCAGAUGGCUCAGUCCGCCGCUGCCCGGCCACCUCCCCUGCCCACGCUCUCCUUCAAGGUGCCUCUGGCUCUACUCAGUGCUGUUCAACUGCCCUCUGACAAACCAAAUCAACAGAAGCAACAACAGCAAGUGCAGCAGCAGCAGAGAGUAGUGCAGCUGCUACCACCCCCACCGCCUCCACGCUCCUUCCCUGUCUUCCCUAUCCCUCCCCCGCCCUUGGCCUCUCAACCCACUCUCUCCCUUGCGUCCACCAAUCCGCUCAUGCCAUCUGUCCCCCCUUCCCUCCCCGGGGCUGUGGAGGCUGGGGAGGCUGGUGCUUACAGCGGUGGUGCUUAUAACGGGGGUAGUAAUAGCUCUGGUGCUACUGGUGCUGCUGCUGGUGCUGGUGCUGCUGGUGGUCCUCCAGGGGGAUCAGGGGGUGGUGAGGCGCCAGGGGCAGGGCAAGGGCGACCAGCAACCAUCUUCACGAAUCCGUGUGAAGUUUCUCGAGAGGAUUCUUUGCGGCAAGUGCUUCAACUGCCCCUUCGCCUCGCCGCGAUCCUCAGCAGCAGCAGUCCUGCCUUUGCGCCUGGAAAGCCAUCUUCUGCAUUUCGACCCACGCCGUCACAGGAUGAAGGGCUGGCCGUCGCAGCAGGAAAGGCAGGGGCGUCGAGGGCUGGGCAAGGGGGGUUGAAGGGAGAGGUAGCACCACUGGACCCAAUUCAAGAGGAGAGAGUGCUGCAGGGAGUGGGGAGGGGUCGGCCAAAUUGGGGCACAGCAGCUGGUGCUGUUGCUGCUGCUUCUGCAGCAGAUAAGGUGGCAGCGCCGUGGCUCACUGGUGGAUAUGACGUUGACAGGUGGUGCGCUCUGAUUGGUGCUGUAGGGAAGUGGGCACUUCUGGCGGAGGAGGAGGCAAAGCACACCGUCAGCAUCGAAAAGAUGGGCGACUUCAAUGAUGCACUCCAGCGGCAGCAACCACCCCGCAGCCCCUAUAUCGACGACCAGGAUCGCAUCAAGGCGGCACGGACGGCCUUUGGCAACCCGUACCGGCAGGACAAGCCAGACAUGCCCACAGCCAACGAGGCAUUCCUCCGCCUGGACGACCAGAGCCCAGGCCCACCUGGGGCAGGCCCACCCGCCGGCGCAGGCUCAUCUGGUGCAGCCACGGCGGAAGAAGACAAGCGACGUGAGCUCAGCCAUCCACUGUUCUUGCCAGAGAGCUGUUUCCGGGCGGCGCAAGCAAUGGAGAGGCGGCAGCAGGAGUCGAUGCAAUGGCCCAGAGAAGCAGCCGCAGGAGAGGAGCGAGGUUCAGGUGGGGGGGAAGAGGUAGGAGUUUCUGAGGGUAGAGAAACAGAAGUAGCUGUGGAGAUAGGAGACAGGGGCGUAGCAGGGGAGGGAAGAGGAACAGGGGAGGGUAGAGGAGCAACGGAGGGUAGAGGAGGGAUGGAGGGUAGGGGAAGAGGGGCGAAGCGGCGGAGGGUGAUAGCGGAGGGGGAGUCACGGGAUUGGACGGUGGAUGUGGGGCUGGAGGAGCGCGUGGAGGAGCAGGAGGAUGUGGUGGCGCUGGCAAUGCGGAGGGGCAAUCCUCGCUGGCGCACUGUGCGCACGCCAGCUGGCAAUGAGAGGGAUCAGGAGGAAGUGGUGGACUUUUUGCUGUCGAUCUACCGGGUGCUGCGGUCAGCGCGUCCCAACAACACAAAACAGUUCUCCUUCCUCGUCGGCGAAUAUCCGGAAGAGUGCAGAUGGCGCUCGGCGGGACUAUCUGUCGAUCCUGAGUCAUUCGCCAAGACUACAGCACUCGAGGUCAUUCACGCGCGUUGGGCUAUGCUUGGCGUUGUCGCGUGCCUCGUCCCAGAGACCACUUUCCGGAUACUUCAAACUUCGCACCUCGCUGGCGGCAGCAACAUCGACUCUCUAAGAAGCUCGAUCCUUGGUAGCACGACAAGUUUGAUCGAGUCUUGUGACUUUUGCACCGCGAAGACCAUCCUCGCUAUUGGCGCGAUCCAGAUCCUCGGCAUGGCUGCCGUCGAGGCGUUCCGGGUUUCAGGAGGGCCUCUAGGCGACGCAAGCGGUUCUGUUUAUCCAGGAGGUUUCUUUGACCCGCUGGGCCUGGCAGACAGCAGUAAUCCAACUGAGCUGGCGAAGCUAAAGGCUAAAGAGCUUCAGAAUGGGCGUCUGGCCAUGUUCUCUAUCUUGGGAUUCGCAGCACAGGCAGCCGUGACAGGGAAAGGACCAGUUGAAAACCUGAUGGAGCAUAUGGCGGAUCCCAAGUUGCACAACGCCUGGACGUACGCCGAGGGUUUAUUCCACUGA